AUGGACCAGAUGGAAGUGGACUCCGAGGAAGUUCCCAAGAAGAAGUUUCAGAUCAAGAAGUGGACUGCUGUUGCUUUCUGGUCGUGGGACAUAGCUGUGGAUAACUGUGCGAUCUGUAGGAACCACAUCAUGGAACCGUGUAUAGAGUGUCAGCCGAAGGCAAUGACUGAUACAGAUAACGAAUGUGUGGCCGCGUGGGGUACGUGUAACCACGCCUUCCAUUUACACUGUAUAAACAAGUGGAUUAAGACGAGAGAUGCCUGUCCGCUAGAUAACCAGCCUUGGCACUUAGCCAGGUGUGGGAGGUAG